CCAUUUGACACAAUUAGGAUUCAUGAAGAUGGGAUGGCAGCAGGAGAAAUAUGAAAAUAUACAGCAAUGUGAAAAUGAGUCUGAUGCUUCCAUUUCCUGUGCUGUAUUCCACCAGCAGGACUUAAAGGGUUUCGGAGUGCGAUGCCAUGGUCCGAGCUCAGCGCCGAGAAACCACUCCCCGUGGAACAGAUUGCGGCCAGUCGGAGUUGCAUGGCUGAGAGAUGGAAAGACGCAGGCAGGUUGGGCUGAAAUGGACCCGGCUCUUCCAGAUAACCGCAUGGGCAGCUAUGUUAUGGCCGCCUGGGUUUGAAGGAAGAGAACUGGCGGGCCGCUGCAGCCUGUUUGGCCGGUACCACAUCCACACCUUCGAUGGGGUUCUGUACGAUUUCCCCGGGGACUGCAGUUACAUGCUAGCAGGCGACUGCCACCUCCGAUCUUUCACCCUGCUGGGUGACUUCCAGCACGGGAAGAGGAGAGGUGUGACCGUGUACCUGGGAGAGCUGUAUGAACUUCACCUUUCUGUUGAUGGCAGGCUCACCCAGGGGGACACCAGGCUACCCCUGCCCUACGCCGCCAACACCAUCUUUGCCGGUGCCGAGCUGGGCUACUACAAGCUCUGGAGCGACGAGUUGGGCUUCGCGGUGAAGAUCGACAGCAGCGGCAACGUGGACAUUACGCUCUCCAAGCCCAACUCCAACAGGACCUGUGGGCUGUGUGGAAACUUCAACGGCGUCCCGGAGGACGAUUACACUGCGCAGGAGGGUUUCCUUACUGAGAACAGCUACGACUUUGCCAAUUCCUGGGCCCUGCACGGAACCGGCGAACUCUGCACACGCGUGUCUCCGCCGAGCAAGACCUGCAACAUUUCCAGUGGCGCUGCAGCGGACCUCAUGUCCAGGUGUGACUCGCUGCAGCACUCCUCAUCCUUCCUGCGCUGCGCUCACCUUGUGGCCCCCGAGGCAUUCGCAGCGCUCUGCGAGGAGGAUGCGUGUCACUGCGGCGCGGAUGAAGCCUGCCGUUGCCAGGCCAUGCUGGAAUACGCCCGCACCUGCGCGUCCCAUGGCAUCGCUCUGCAUUCCUGGCCAGGGGAGAGCCAGUGUGUCCCCAAGUGCCCUGUGGGGAUGCAGUACAGUGAGUGUGCCAGCCCCUGCUUCCCCACAUGCCAAAGCCUCAACAUCCACGAGGUAUGCAAAGAGGACUGUGCGGACGGCUGCACUUGCCCAGCGGGGAAGGUUCUUGAUGGGACUCGCUGCGUGGACGUGUCCCAGUGCUCAUGCAUGCACGCAGGCCGGCGCUACCCCCCUGGAUCUAGCAUUCCUCAGGACUGCAACACCUGCGUGUGCCGUCACGGCUCGUGGGAAUGCACGAAUGAGGGCUGCCCAGGGGAGUGCUUCGUCACCGGACAGUCCCACUUCAAAACAUUCGACAACAAGUUCUUCACCUUCAGCGGGACCUGUCAAUACCUGUUGGCCAAAGACUGCCAGGAUAACCUGUUCACUGCCAUCAUUGAGACCGUACAGUGUGCUGAUGACCAGGAUGCUGUCUGUACACGCUCCGCCUUGGUGCGCUUCCACCGCCUGGGCAACAUGACAGUCAAACUGAAGCAUGGCGGGGUGGUCUCGGUGGACAGUAUGGACAUCCAGAUGCCUCUGAUCCACGAACCACUUCGCAUUCAGAAGACUGUGAUGUCCUCAGUGCGCUUGUCCUAUGAUCAAGAUUUCCAGCUGGAUUGGGAUGGGAGGGGCAAAGUCCUGCUGAAGCUUGGGCCCACAUUCAUAGGGAAGACAUGUGGACUUUGCGGGAACUACAACGGGAACCAGGGAGACGACUUCCUGACUCCCGCCGGCCUGGUGGAGACCCAGGCAACUGGGUUUGGGAAUUCCUGGAAGAUGAAUGGAGCCUGUGACAACGUAGUGAAGCAGGAUCCUGACCCCUGUGUCCUCAACCCCAAGAGAGUGCGUUUCGCAGAGGAGUCGUGCUCGGUUCUGCUCUCCGUGCAGUUUGAGCCAUGCCACCUGGAGGUGAACCCAAGCCCGUUCCUACGAAACUGCCGCUACGAUGUUUGCUCCUGCGCCGACGGUCAGGAGUGCCUUUGCUCUGCAGUGGCCAGCUAUGCCGCUGUCUGCGCUGGCAAGGGGGUGCUCGUCAACUGGCGGAGCCCCAAAUUCUGUGAGAUGAGAUGCCCCGAGAGCCAGGUGUAUGAGCAGUGCGGUAGCCCCUGCAACCAGACCUGCCGAUCCCUUUCCUUUCCGGACUCGGGCUGCCAGGAGCUCUGCAUGGAGGGCUGCUACUGCCCACACGGGCUCUUCCUAAGUGAUGAGGGCAAGUGUGUGCCCCGUGAACAGUGUUCCUGCCACUAUGAUGGCGAGAUCUACCAGCCCAACGACAUCUUCUCCAACCAUCAGUCCAUCUGUUACUGUGAAAAUGGCGCGAUGCGCUGCAGCUCCAGUGAGAUGCCUGCAGCCAUGCUGUCUGACCUCUUUUUCAAUGAUCUCCCACAAAAGAGAGCACGCCGUGCCGUCUCCUGCCAGCCCCCUCUGCAGAAAUUGGUAUGUGAGAGUCCCCAGGAUGAGGGUCUGGAAUGCGCCAAGACAUGUCAGAAUUAUGACCUGCAGUGCGUGAGCCAGGGUUGCUUCUCUGGCUGCACGUGUCCCCCAGGCACGGUCCGCCACAGAAGAGACUGUAUUCCUCCAGAUCAAUGCCCCUGUUUCCACAACAACAAGGCAUAUGCUUCGGGGCAGACAAUCACCAUGGACUGCAACUCUUGCAUUUGUCGCAAUCGUAAGUGGGAGUGCACUCAGAAUGUAUGUGACGGUUCCUGCAAGACAGUUGGAGAGUCCCACUACAUCACCUUUGAUGGCCUUAAGUUCACCUUCCCUGGGUUGUGUCAGUACGUGCUGGUCCAGGAUUACUGUAAUGGAAACCACGGCACGUUCAGAGUGCUGGUGGAGAACACGGCGUGCGGGGUGCUGGGAAACAAGUGUGCAAAGACAGUCACUGUGUUGUACCAUGGGGGGCUGAUAUCCCUGGAGCAAGGAGAGGUGAAGAUGAAGAGACCCGUGUUGCGGGAGACGGACUUGGAGAUUGUGCGCUCAGGAUUGUACUACAUAGUGCUCCUUGGCCAGGACAUUACCAUUACCUGGGACCGUGGGACCAGACUCAUAGUCCAGCUCAAGGGUCACUACAAGGAGAGGGUUUGUGGUCUGUGUGGGAAUUUUGAUGGAAACCAGAACAACGACUUGAUCGGCAGUAACAAUCAACUGGAGGUGGAUGCUGCCGACUUUGGGAACUCCUGGAAGGUGAACCCCAGCUGCGCGGAUGCUGUGCAGCUGCCCUCCCAGUGCACUGAUAAUAUCCUGAAGCUGGUUACAGUGGAACAGUCCUGUCGUGUGCUCACGAGCGCCCUCUUCUUGGAGUGCAACAGCGUGGUGAACCCAGAACCCUACUGGGAGAUCUGCACCCAUGACACCUGCUCUUGUGCCUCAGUUGGGGACUGUGUCUGUUUCUGUGAUGCCAUAGCAGCCUACGCCCAUGAGUGUGCCCAGAAGGGUAUCGCGGUGAACUGGAGAUCCAACGACCUGUGCCCCAUGAGCUGCCAGGACCUAAACAAGGCUGAGCCAGAAUUUGAGUGCCAGUGGCGGUACAAUGCUUGUGCCAGCACCUGUCCCGUUACCUGCCAGCACCCCGAACCACUGCAGUGCCCUCAGGGGUGCCUGGAGGGUUGCCAUGCCAGUUGUCCCCCAGGUAAAAUCCUAGACGAGGUGGCCAUGCAAUGCGUGGACCCCACACAGUGCCAUGUGUGCAUGCACGAUGGCCACCGUGUCUCGCAUGGCAAGAAGAUCAUUGUCAACCAUGACCGUCCAGAGUUGUGCCAGAUCUGUCUUUGUGAGUACAACAACCUGACUUGUGAGGCAUGCCCCAUUGACUUGGCUACCACGCUGUCCCCCACUGUUCCCACCACCACCCUCACCCCACUUCCCUUCUCAACUGCUGUCCCUGAGGGCACCUGUGACCGGGCUAUGGACUUGGCCUUCCUGGUGGAUGGCUCCUCAGCGCUCACGGAGGAGGAGUUUGAGCUGGUAAAAGUUUUCAUCCUGGGUGUGGUAGAGCGCUUCCGCAUGGGCUCUGCCCAUACACGGGCCACCAUCUUGAUCUUCCACUCGGGUGUGAAGAGUUAUGAAAUGCAGGUGCAGAAGUGGAUCUUCAGGAAAAUGGUGCGGGAGAUGAGGUACAGCGGUGGAGAUGUGGCUUUCAUGGAUGAGGCCAUCAAGUACCUGUCCGUUUACAUCUACGACAAGGACAAAAGGGCACAUGCUGGACGUGUGGCAGUUCUUCUGACUGCCAGCUCCAACCCACGACCCAUGAGGGCCACUCAGCGUCUGCUGAAGAAGAAGGACAUCACCACAAUCACCAUCGCUCUGGGGCCUGAAGUCAGCAUGGCCCAAAUCAGUGAGAUCACCAAGGCCAAUCCCAACAGCAAGGCCUAUGUUCUCAGCAGCGUUCAGGAGCUGAACGACCGGGCUGUUGAGGUCACAGACUACCUCUGCACCCUCGGUCUGGAGCCUGAAGUCCCAAAGCCAAAGUCCACCAAGGCCGCUAUUGCGCCUCCGAAGAGCACCGCACCUGGAACCAUCCAACCCACUACCUCCACCGAGAUGGUUCCUCAACCCGUGCUGUUCACCACCACUGCCUAUCCAAAUGUCAAUCACGUAUCCACAAUCCCAUCAUCGCGGGUCGUUAAGGACAUCACCUUUGUCAUUGAGGGCUCAGACAAGGUUGGGGAGAAAGAUUUCAACAAGACCAAGGACUUCUUGGAGGAGGUCAUCUCAGAGCUGUCAACAAAAGAAGAGAGGAUCCGUAUCACGGUGAUCCAGUAUUCGGUCACCAUCACGGUGGAGUUCACCCAGAUGGACACAGAGCAGAGACGUGUUGUACUGGAGAGGAUUAGGCAAAUUCGAUGGCGGGGUGGUGCGGCCACCAACACAGGCACUGCCGUGCGCGCUGUCACCCAGAGCAUCUCCACCCAGACACAGCCUGCCCAGCAACAGAAGCUGAACAUGGUGUUUAUGGUGACCAGCAAUCCACCCACAGACCGAAUCCAGAGACCCUCAGAGACCUCCAGGACCAUCAUCUAUCCAAUCGGGGUUGGGCCUAAGGUCAAGAUGGUGGACCUGGAGCCUAUCAGCUUCCCAGAGAGGCCCAUCAUGGUGGACAGCUAUAACAAUCUUCACUCCAUCAUCAAAAAUGUUGUGAACAUCACCAGAUACACCAAGGUUCAGAGGCCAUUAAGUCCCACCCUCCCUCCCAAGCAAGCAACUCUAGCCCCGAAUCCCACACUGCCCCCUUCAGUUCCUUGUGACAAGCCUAUGGAUAUCAUCUUUCUGCUGAAGGAGGGUUUUGAUGAAGGAUCGAGCCAGUUUGAAGACAUGAGGACGUUCGUCAAGACCUUCAUCAACAGCGCAAACAUCGGGCCUAAAGACACGCAGGUGUCUGUCAUUCAGUACGGAGACAAAAACACAGCUGAUGUGUCCUGGAGGGCAGAGCAGACCAGGGGAAACCUGCUCCACCUGGUAGAUGCCAUGGAGAAAAGGAGAGCCACUCCUGCCAGUCUAGGGGCCGCCCUUCGCUUUGCUGUGCAGAGGGCCAUCUCGUCGGCCAGCGGGGGUCGCCCGGGCGUGGUCAAGAUCGUGGUGAUGCUGGUGACGGAGAAGUCGACGGAUUCUGUGCUGGAGGCCACCAACGAAGCCCUGACCGCUGGCGUUUCUGUGUUCCCCAUUGGCAUCGGCUCACGGUACGACCUCACCCAGCUGGCCGCCCUGGCCGGUCACGGCAUGCGGGACAACAUCAUGCGUUUCAGCAGCGCGGAGGACCUGCAGGUGAUGGCUGCUCUGGGCCACACCUUCAUCGACAAGCUCUGCAGAGCGGGUCCCCCGGGGGUGUGUGUGGACGAUAACGGAAGUCAGAGGAAGCCCGGGGAGACGUGGACCAUGGCCGAUGGCUGCCACAGUCUGCUGUGCCACCCCAACGGGGUUGUGACGGUGCAGAGCCACCUCGUGAACUGCGAUCGGCUGGAGCAGCCCGCCUGCAAGAACAACCUGCGCAGCGUCAAGGUUCCGGAGCCGUGCGGCUGCCGCUGGGCCUGCCCCUGCAUGUGCAUGGGAAGCUCCACCAAUCACGUUGUGACGUUUGACGGACUGGCCCUCAAGCUGGACGGCUUCUGCUCGUAUAGGCUGGUGUGGGUGGAGGGGCCAGCGGGGGCGGAGGUCCUGCUCCACAGCGGCCCCUGUCAGGUCGCCCCCAACCAGAUCUGCAUGAAAUACAUGGAGGUGAAAACUGAGGGCCAGGUGGUGCUCCUGAAGGAUGACAUGACGGUGACUGUUGAUGGGGUUGAGGUGCCUGUUCCUCUGAGGACCAAAGCUAUGGAGGUCACCCAGUAUGGGGCAGUGAUACACCAACUGAGGCUGGAGGGCCUGGGCUGGGUAGUGGCUUUCACCCCCCAGAACAACGAGUUCACCAUUCAGCUGAGUCCCACUAUGGCGUCCAACAAAACCCUUGGCCUCUGUGGUCAGUGUGACCAGGAUGAGCAGAAUGACUUGACUCUGCGCGAUGGGAGCGUGACCGCGGAUUCCGGGGCGUUCAUCCGGGAAUGGACGCUGCCCCAAGACGACGGAAGCCCCUGCCGGCCCCGGAAGAGCGAGUUCUGCUUGCACCCGGCCACGGAGCAGUGCCAGGUCCUGCGCUCGGCUGCCUUCGCACCCUGCCACGCUGCUGUGCCGCCAGAGCCCUUUGUGGCCCUGUGCCAGCAGAAUGCGUGCCACAGCGGCGAGAUGUGCGACCUGGUGUCCGCGUACAGCCGCCUCUGUCGCAUGCAGGGUGUCUGCGUCAACUGGAGGAACAGGGACUUCUGCCCCCUGCCCUGCCCCGGCUCCAUGGUGUUUGACAGCUGCCGGACAGGAUGUGUGGAAGAGUGUGGCGGCAGUCAGGGGACCCCCAGGAAUGGCACCCAGUGCAUGGACACACCCACAGAGGGCUGCUUCUGCCCACCGGGUCUGGUGCUGCAUAAAGGGCUCUGUGUGAGACCAGACACCUGCUCCCAGUGCCUUGACCGACACGGCACAGCCCACCAGCACCUGGAGAGCUGGGUUUCACCCGAGAACCCCUGUCAGAUCUGCAUGUGUCUGGACAACCAGCAGAUCAACUGCACUGCACAGCCCUGCAACAGAAAGAAGCUCCCUGAUUGUGGUCCCUGCGAGGUCCUGAGGCAGAAGAAGGAGUCCCAGUGCUGUCCAGAAUACGAGUGCGCGUGCGACCUGGUGAACUGUGACAUUCCUGAGAUCCCAAGCUGCGAAGACGGGCUCGUUCUGGUGCUGGCCAACCCAGGGGAGUGCAGGCCCACCUAUGAGUGUGCCUGUAAGAGGGAAACGUGCCCCCUGCAGACUCGGCCCUCGUGCCCGCCCCAUCGACGGCUCACGGCGAAGCCGACGAAGUGUUGCGAGGCCUACGAGUGUGUGUGCGGUUGCCAGAACUCCACGCGCUCCUGCCCUCUGGGCUAUAGCACCUCCUCCACCAUCAAUGACUGCGGCUGCACUGAGGUCACCUGCAUCCCCAACCAGGUGUGCGUGGUUUCCGGAGUCGUGUACCAGGUGGGAAACGAAUGGGAAAAGUCCUGCAAGGCCUGCAGGUGCACGGAGCACAGGGACGAGGUGACCGGGCUGCACGUUGCGGAGUGCGCGGACAAAGUCUGCGACGAGAUCUGCCCGCCGGGCUCCAGCUAUUCCCGGUCAGAGGGCGAGUGCUGUGGAAGGUGCCGGAGAUCCAGCUGCGUGGAGGAGACCAAGGGUGGACCCAGGGGUGACAGUGACGCCGGCGGCCGCCUGCGCCCGGUGGGUGAGAGGUGGCGCUCCCCGAAGGACAAGUGCGUAAUCAGCGAGUGCGUGAGGGUGAACGAUGAGGUGUUCGUCUCCCGCUCCAACAUCACGUGCCGUGAGCUGGAGACCCCGCGCUGCCCCCUGGGGACCGAGCUGAAGUGCGACAGGGACGACUGUUGCCCCACCUGCCAGUGCGUGCCUCUGGAAGCGUGCGUGAGGAACCACACCGUUAUCGGGGCUGGGGAGAAGGUGAUGGUGGACCCGUGCACACACUGCGAGUGCACAAUGCAGCAGGGAGCCAUGAGGAACUAUCAUCUGUCCUGUAGGACGACCACCUGUAUAGACUGUCCUGAGGGCUACACCCGGGAGACCCUACCAGACUCGUGUUGCGGCACCUGCGUUGCCACGGCCUGCAGGAUCAAGCUGCCAGAUGGAACGCGCAUGUUUCUCAAGGCCAACCAGACGUACGAGGACGGCUGCACCCGCCACACCUGUGGCGCGAAUGCCAAAGGGGACCUGGUUCUGGGCAUUCGGACCACCACCUGUCCCCCAUUUGAUCGAAACCGCUGCUUGGACGAGGGGGGGAAAAUCGAUCGGAUCGGUGACACCUGCUGCGAGACGUGCACGGAGCCAGAAUGCAGGAAAACCACUGGGGUUCUGAACUACAUUAAAGUGGACGACUGCCUGUCUGAGCAGAGGCUGGAGCUGCACUACUGCGAGGGGAAAUGCAAGAGUAAGUCUAUGUUCUCGCUGGAGCGGAACAUGGUGGAGAGGCAGUGCGUGUGCUGCUCCGCCACGGACACGGCGCCCCUGAGCGUGCCGCUGCGCUGCGCCAACGGCACCCUGGUUCGCCACCAGGUCCUGUCCGUCACCGGCUGCGACUGCACGGCCCAGCGCUGCCCGGAGCAAUGAGGGAGGACGAGAUGGAGAAGCAGCAGCGGGGCAGAGGGUCUCUAGAUGUCUGCUGUCCACCCCUACAUUCCAGGCAAAACAGGCUGCAUAGUUAUGGGACCGCUGUCAUAUUUCUGCUCUGCCCACUUUCAGCACAUAUUACACUAUUUCUCACAGUAUCCAAGAGAGACUCAUGUAUUUCAGGGUGGAGAACAAAACAGUUUGUACUGAAACGCCAGUCAGCAUUAUUUUAACCCUGGUUUUUACACUGUUUUGUCCGUUGAUUCGUGUCUGUCCAUCGUGUGAUGUCCUUUGUAAAUAUUGAAGCAGAUGCAUGAGAGAGAAGGAUCCUUUACUCCAUUAAACUGAAAACA